UCGCGUCAUUUUACAGAAACAUCAACCACAACAGCAACAACAACAACAACAACAGCAAUCUACUCAAGCCGAGGGAUCUUGGAGAGGUCUCACAUACGCACACAAGCGCCCUUGCAACUAUGUCGAAGAUGGGUGUGGCAGGGCUUACCCUAAUGCUGCUACUGGCGGUACAGCUGCAGUUCAGCCAUGUGGAUGCCUAUUCCAAGUAUGGACGCGGCUGCGCCGACAUCGGCUGCCUGCCCACUGAGGAGUGCAUCAUCACCAGCGAUUCGUGCAGCUAUAGUCAGCGCGACGGCAAGGACUGCGGCAAUUAUCCAACGUGCCAGCGCAAGAGCGGCUCCAGCACCAACCAGGCCAAUCCCUCCUCCUCGUCGUCGUCAGUUAAUCCGUCAGGAUCCAGCCUAAAUACGGGGCCUGAGAGUAAAAUAUUUGCGCCCGCAUCUUCAAAUCCCACACUUAACACCUACACCUACUUUAAUCACCAACAAAAUGGCGGCCUUGGCGGCCUUGGCGGCCUUGGCGGCCAACAAAAUGGCGGCAAUGGCGGCAACCAAAACGUCGCUAAUGCAGAGGGCUCAAAUGGUGCCGCUGGCGCUUCUGCCACCGGCGUCGAUCCGCAUUAUGUGUUCGGGGCAAAGUAUCAUAUGCCCAUAAUACCCAAUAUGCCAAUCUUUCCAUAUAAUUCGCCAACGCAAGCGCCAGCUUUUCAACAGUUUCCUCAACCCAAUCAUCCAGGUAGCGUGCUCAACCCGGGCUAUCCGAUGCAUGGCAUGCAGCCGAUGAAUCCCUUCGUUUUUGGCCAGAUACCGUUCUAUUCGGGACCGGCCGGUACUGGCGGACCGCCUGGCGGCGGUGGCGGCGUUGGCAUGCCUAGCUCCAGCAUAGGCAUCCUCGGCGGCGGCGGUGGCGGUUUGGCGCCAUAUGGCAGCAACUACCAGGGCUACCAGACCCAUCAUCAAAACGCAAAUAUGUACAACAAGCCACCACCACAAUAUCAGAACCAGAAUCAACAGAAUCCCUACAAUCGUCAAACCCAAGCGCAUCCAUCGGCAGCGGGGCGACUCAGCAGCUCCAAUGCUGCACUCAUCGGCCUAUUCGCAGUGGUGCUGUUGCUGCUGGCCAACAGAGGCGGCGGCAGUGGUAGCACGUAAUAAAAUAAAGUAGCAGUAGCAGCGGCAGUUACUUUCCCCCACUGAUCCCCCACUUACUCCUGAUCCUGCAACAUAACGAGAACAACGACGACGACGACGAUCAACCAUUGGCAAAUCGAUCGCUUUGCUUUGGUUUCUUUAAAUAUGCUUUCUCUUAUUGAAAUUAAUGGUUUUACUGCUCUAGUUUAAGACUCGACAUGGGUGGUUACAGCAACAACAGCAACAACAGCAACAACAACAAGAAUUGCAAUGGUAACAGCUGCAACAGCCAUAUCGUUGACUCCUGCUUUGUGUGGCAGACUGUGCUGUUAUUUCAUGAAUGGCGGCAGCAACAACUACAGCUACCAUACACCCACAACAACAAAGGGAUUUGGGUCCACACCAAACAUACCCACACACACACGGCACGUAUACGUAAUUUCAAUUUAAUAUUGUGCGAGCAGACCGCUCACUUGAUAUCUGUCUAUGUGUGAGUGUGUGUGCGUGUGUGUGUGCGUGUGUGUGUGCGUGUGUGUGUGUGUGUGUGAGUUCAUUUGUGUGGUCUAACUAUCAGUCAGUAGAUGGUCCACUGCUGGCCCUGAAGGCCGGUUGCAUUUCUCUCUGUUUUUUGCAGCUCAAUUAAAUUGGAAUUUAAUUUGGGGCUUGCCCCCAGUGCAGACAACAGCCGCAAUCCUUGCUACACAUGCACACACACACACACACACACACACAUAUCAACUUUGAUGAGAAUUUCAUUUUUGUUGAUGCUACGAAUUUUGUGUUAACCAUUUCCUGCUCUCGUUUAGUCGUUGCUGCUCUUCUCACAAUUGCUUUGGUUGCAACUGCUGUUGUUGUUCAUGUUGUUGUUGUUGAUUGCAAAGGCAGUCUAUGCUAGGUUUUUGUAGAUAAGGACACGCAUGUCAAUCCAAGUGCAUAACAAGCUCAUUUUUAGGCCGAAAACACGUAAUGAAAAUAACACCAAAACAAGUGAAUAAAAUAAAUAAAGAGCUGGAAGCUAAACAAAAUCAAAAAAAAAAAAAACAACAAAAAAAAACAGUAAAAGUGCACAAAGAACAGAAUUAAAUGUAAUAAUAAUAGUUUUUUUUAACAAGUGCAGAUAAGGCGGAAAAAUUGCCCACAACUUGCAAAAGUUUUUAAUGAUUUAACUAAAAGAGGAAGUAAAAAAAAAAAAAAUACAAACAAUGAAUCAAACUACAGCUGAAAAAUACUUCCAAGCAUUACAAAUUUAAGAUACAACCGUACUAAAAUAAGAAAAACAUGUAAGAACAUUGAAAUCGGAUGUGACCGACUGUGCAAUACUCUGAUAUCUGCUAAAUAGUGGAAUAUAUAGGUAUAUAAAACUAUAUCGAGGCAUAAGCAAUUGGCCAUCGAUAUCAGUGUAUUAAGAAUAUAUACAAAUAUGCUUGCAUAAAUACUUGAAAAUCAAUUAAGAACCAAAAGUGUCAACGAAAUCUUGAAUCAAACUCACCACAGGAAACAGCAUUUUUACAUGCAACAUGCAACAUGCAACAUGCAUUGCGCAACUUGCUGCCGGCUAAGGUAACACAAACAACUGAUAGUUUUGUGGAUAUUCUAUGAUAAACUGGCCUUGUUAAUAGAAAUUGAUAUUUCUGCCUAUCUUUGUCAAGAGUAUCCUUUUUUGUACAAGCAACAAAGGCAGCGAAAAAAAUAAAUAAAAACUCUCAAAGAGAUAGUUUUUACAUCAUUCAAUCUAAUAUUACAAUACCGAACACAGAAAAGAACAAAAACAUUAUGCAAAUUGUCUUUUGUUUCACAAUUAAAAUUCCAUUUAAUUUGUAUUAUUUUUAAUAUUGGGUAGUAUAUAUUUAUUUAUCCUAUACGUGUUUUAUUUGGUUGUAUUAUAAAUUUUCUUCUGUCAUUGAAUUUAUGAAUAAAUAAAAGACCUAAAAUUAGAGCAGA